AUGGGGAACAAGGCAAGGAGCAAGAAGGCACCAAGCAAAGGGAAGGGCAAUGGAAGCAAGAAGAAGACAGCUUCAACCACUGAAACACCAAAGCCCCCACCAAGACAAACCUGUGAGCGAGUCUUGGAGAAAGGAAAAUAUGAUGAGGAUUCAAGUGUGAGCAGUGAUGAGGACCUUGAGCGCAACGAGGAUGAGGAUGAUGGGUCCUGUCUGUCUCCUUCGCCUAAUGCCACUACGACCUCACCAAGAACUGCAACUGCAACCACAGCUAUGGCAGUUGUGGCGAGUGGCAGAACCACAAAUGAAACAACAACUCCAACAAGAGGAGCUGCGUCAGCUAAUGCUUUUGAAGCCAGGUUCCAGCACAUGGAGAAUCUUCUGGAGAGAUUUUUUCAGGCACAAGGAAGACAACUGCCGUGUCAGGUGGUUCCGAGAACAGUGAGUGCUGCCAGAAGCGCUUGUUCCCCUGGAAACACUACCAUUACAAAUUCCAAUCGCUCAAUGGACAAGCAAGAGCAGAUCUUGGUCAUGAAGCUACCGCAAAACCAAGACGCAAUUAAAAAGGGUCUUUAUGCUUUUGUGAAGCUACAUACCUUCCGUCGCAUUAAGUUCCCUACUACUGAAGAGAAGGGAGUAUGUGUUUGCCAGCGAGUGGCAAUCAAGUUUGAGAGAGAGACUGAGAAUGCUGAGAAACAACUGUCAAAACAGUGCCAAAAGAAAUUUAUCAGUGACUGGAAGGAGGGGGUUGUGCCCCAAAACUUGGAAGCUAGCCUUGUGACCAACUACCGAGACUAUGCAGAUGAUGACGGAAAGAUGUCACUAAGUAUUAUGGUGAUGCAAGAUGUCAAUGCUUUCACUGUCACGGAUGAAGCAUUUGGACUUCUGAUGGUGGAGAACUAUGUGGAACGGUGGAAGGCACUGGCCAAAGAAUGGCCCAGCAGUGACACCACUGAAGAUCAAGGACUGAAACGCAAACGCAUGCGUUCACUGGGUGGCAGGUACACUGGCAGUGAAAAGGGGAUGGUUGCAGGUGGAUGGGAUAAUGGUGGCAUCAAUCGUUUCAAUGAGUUAGCACAGAUGGUAAGUACGGCAAGGAAAAAGCUAGUAGAAACCAGGAAGUUGGAGAGGAUUGGAAGGGGAUUCUGA